AUGCUGCCACGUUGCCGCGUUCGUGCCACACUGAACUACAUCCAGGAGACCGGACGUUGCUCUCGAGAUGGAGGGCGAGGAAAGUGUGUGGCCCUGGUCAACCGCAAGGACUACCAAGCCAUGCGGUGGCUGGAAAGCGGUGGUAGAGGUGGCGGCACGCAGGCCAGUGUCGUGCGACGCCUGUUGGUGGCCUUGUUGGGUGACUCGACCACCUACAAACGCCAUCUCCUCAGCGAAGAUGCCGUGGCUGCCUUGGGCAAGAGCGAAGAGACGCUGGAGACACAUUCAUCUCAGAGCGAAUGGAAGCCAUACAGCUUGGGCUUGCAUGAGACAGAGGCCGCGAAGGAAAUGAACUGCUCCACGACCGAGCUUCACUCGGUCUUGGCUCACCUUUGCAGGUACGGCAGUAGCCAUCUCACGCUGAUGUCGAGCUUCCCGACCAAGUUGAAGCUUCGGUUCUUUCGCACAGAUCCGGCAGAACUUAUGGAGGUGGACCCGCUGCUACGUAAAGUGCUACCCCUGGCGAAGAAGACGGGGCCAGUUUACACCGUUGAGACAGUGAAAGCUGUGGCCACACUGGGCGGGACUGCUGCGCAGCUCUCGACUAGCCUGUGGCAGGCUGGUGGAGACGAGUUUUCCGUGGAGAAAGCAGACUACGGAUACAUGCUGACGGUCCGGAAGCCGGUAACAGAAGCUCAGAUUGACGAUUGGGCAGAGCAGAUCAGUCAAAUCAAUGUGCGGGCCAGAGAGUCUGCGAUCGAGAAGCUGGAUGCCUCCUACAUCGCAUUGACGAGAGCUGCAGAGGCAUCUGAUAGGCAGAGGGUAGCUGAUCCUGAUGCAGAGCUGCCUGCGGCCCACACAACGUUGCACACCUUGAUCGAUGCCUACUUUGCAGCUUUGGAGGAUCCGACCCUGGUGAUGGCGGGGGGUGUUGAGGAACGUCGACGUCUUCUGGCAUAUGCCCUCGGUGCAGACUUCAGAACUUCAGUCGCAACUCCCUUGCAAGCUCGCCCCGUCCUACAUCGCCAGGACUCGGGCCAACCCCAGAAGAGAGAGGCACCAGAGGCUCAGCGCCUCCAAGGCGUCACCGUUACCGUGGCAGUGUUUCGGCUUCUUGGUGAUCCAGCUUGGCCAAGCUUGCCCUGCGAAGAGCUGGAUGCCAUUGUGCGCGCAGUUGCCCAAUUCUUGGCUGGUGUGAGUUCGGUGGUGAUGCCAGCCGCCAAGUGGCGCGAGCAUCGCAUGUGGGGCCACCUGCGAGGAAGUGGAGACUUUGACCGGCUGGAAGAGCUUGUGCGCGAGGGCGUGCUCAAGAACCAGAUGAAUACACGCGUCCAGAAGAUGGAUGUCCGUGACAUGCUCUACGACAUCUUGGACCGUGUGAAGGUUGACACCUUGGUUCGCACGUUGCGCAGCAUGAUCGAAGACGUACAUCAGGAGCUGUUCUUCGUGACCCUAGAGGAGGUCCUUUCAGAUUUCAGGGGGCUGAAGGUUGGCGACAUGCUGAAGCAGUCGGCCGACGAUGCGGAGAAGAUCAGCCGCCUGGGGGGCGAGCUCCUCAAGGUCAAGCAAGAGAUGGCGCAGCACAUCCGAGAUGAGAAGCAAGCUCAGGAGGCAUUGAUGCAGACGACCCGAAUGUGGCAGGAGUCGGAGUCUUUGAACAAGGACUUGGAGCAGUCGCUGGAGGAGUCACAGGUUGAAGCAGCAGAUUGGCGAGAAAAGGCAGAACAGCUGAUCAAGGAGCCGGCAUUUCUUCGGGAGAAGAUGGCCAAGAUGAGGGAAGAGCAGCAACAGGAGAUGGAAGCAAUGAGGACGAAGCUGAAGGAGGCGCAGAAAGCAGCGGAGAAAAGCAAAAAGACAGAGGAAGUCGACUUGGCGACCUCCCUGUCCAUGUCGGGGAAGCAAGGAUCCAAGCAAUUUGCCGAUAUGGCUGACAUGGUGGCCUCUACCCAGCAGGGAUUCAACAUCCAGGAGCAGUUCACCAUAGCGCUGAGCCUUCUGAAAGGAUGUCCAAGCUCACAGGUUACAAAGACAGCAGACAUCAUGAAGGCUCUGGUCGACGACACACGGCCCAAUCUGAUGAAGGAGCUCUUGGCUUCAGACCAUGGCUCCCUUGGCCCUCCGAAAGUCCGCCUUGGCGCCGCGCAGAAGCUGCUUUCGGGACUUCCGCAGGAAGACCAGGCUAUGGUCGCAGAUCUGUUGCCGCCAAAGGUCGUGAAGGAGAUCACUGUGAAGGUGCUGGAGGAUGCUGCAUCCGACGAUGCAGCGGACAUGAAGGGCCAUGCGGGUGGGUAUUUUGACCCGAACAUUGACAUCGGCAAGAGAUGCAAGAAGUUCCUGAUGACGAGGCUUAUCAAGAAACUGAACUCUCAAGAGGUCAAGGUGCUCUUUGACGAGCUGGGUCAGCGGACCAAAAAGGCAAUCCUGAUUGACAUCUUCGAUUACCAAGACCCGAAAGAUCUGGAACUCUGUGCCGAGAUGAUCUUUGUGGACAGAAAGGACAUGAACGCAAAACAAAGCAGGCAUUCUCAAGCCCUUUCUCUCGGCCUUCGCAUCGAUCCUGCCUCGCCCGCAGACGGCAUGACGGUGCCCCUGGCUCCCUCCGAGCCGCUGCCGGGCGAGGAGCGUCCAUCCGCCCCUUCGGCCCUGCCCGAGCUGCUCAGGCAGCAGCACGAGGAGGUCAUCCGCCGACUGGACUUCCAAGACGAAGUGCUGAGAGGCCUGACUCUGAACAGGAGGACCAGCAUGGGCAGCAGGAUGAGCCGACCCAAGACGGAGGGAGACGAAUCUCAAUCCGUUCCAGUGAGUCCAAUAAAGCCAAUUAAGACCGAAAUCUCGCCACCAAGAAAUGGCUUCACUGGAGAGACGGUGCGCACUGCCGGUGGACGAACGCAAAUGCGACGAACGUUCUCAAUGGCAGGCAGCCCGACACACGCAAAAAAGGGAUUCGAGCCGUGGUACGGCGGCCACAGCUGCAUCUGGCACAUGGUGCAUCAUCCACUCUUCGAGUCUAUUUUUGCUUUCGUCGUGGUGACAAACGCCGUUUUCAUAGGAAUCGAUGUGCAACGCAGUGUGGAUCAUGGUGAUCCACGCCCGACGGAGUUCCGUGUCAUUCAGUACCUCUAUGCGGCGAUAUUCACAGUUGAGCUGCUGCUGCGCUUGGCGGCAGACGGCUUGCACUUCUUCUGCUCUGAAGAUUGGGCCUGGAGCUGGCUUGAUCUCUUUAUUGUUUUGAGCUCUCUCUGGGAAGUUGUUGUGGACAUCACAGGAAGUUCUGACCUUGAUGCCAUUGCCGGCGUCAGCGGCUUGAAGUCUUUCCGCAUAGUACGGCUCAGCCGCAUCUUGAGAACCGCACAGUUUGUCAGCAUCUUCCGCUUCGUCAUAGCGCUGCGGGUGCUGAUCACAUCGAUCCUCCACACUCUCAAAGCACUGGUCUGGGCUAUGACGCUCUUGGUGUUGAUCGUCUACGUCUUUGCGGUGUUGUUUACGCAAGCGGUCAGCGACUACAGAGCUGAUAGCAACACUGCUUUGCUCCACCAAGAUGCUGCGCAGCGGUAUUUUGGUUCGCUGGUGGACAGUAUGCUGACUCUUUUCAUGAGCUUGGCUGGUGGCGUCAGCUGGGAGCAAGCUCUGGCACCGCUCAGGGAGAUAUCAGCCAUCUGGGUUAUUUGCUAUGUUGGAUAUAUAGCUUUCACCUACUUUGCUGUUUUAAACGUGGUGACCGCGGUGUUCUGCCAGUCAGCCAUUGAAUCUGCACAGAACGACCAAGUUACACUUAUGCAGAACAUGCUGAUGAACAAAGAGAAGCAUGUUCGGAAAAUACAAGAGCUUUUCGGACGGCUGGGGGCCACCGAUGAUGGACACAUCACCUUGCAGAUGUUCGAAGAGAACAUCAACUCUGACUCUGUAACCACAUAUUUUGAAGCACUCGGUCUAGAU